AUGAGAACGGCGAAAGCAAUGAACACCACGUUAAGUGUAGACGCAGGAACAACCGCCGACUCACAUGUACAAAACACUCUCACCUCGUUUUCAACGAGCCGCAAGUCUCAGCCAGAGAGUGUUUUGCAGUCGAGACCCUCUGCAGAUCUCAAUACAACACAAAGUAAAGCUUCAAACCACACAGCUGGUGUUCCAAACCGAACGCUGUCUAUCAAUUUAAGUUACACAACAUCCCCAUUGAUCUUCGCAAACUCAGGCGCUGCAACAACUCAGGUCUUGUAUUUCACAGGCAAUCAUUUGACGAAAGAGAGUUCUUCCCUCCUGGUCGCUCCUUCUACUACAGCACAAACAAGCUUUACCCCCGUGAAUGGUAUCACCCCAACUCAACAAAAGUCUUCAUCUUCACGAGUAUUACAGAUACAGUCUUCUUCCCAGUCGGGACAGGGGAACAUCGACGCAGGAACAACCGCCGUCUCACAUGUACAAAACACUCUCAUCUCGUUUUCAACGAGCUGCAAGUCCCAGCCACAGAGUAUUUUGCAGUCGACACCCUCUGCAGAUCUCAAUGCAACACAAAGUAAAGCCUCAAGUUACACAACUGGUAUUCCAAACCGAAAGCUGUCUAUUAAUUCAAGUUACGCAACGUCGACGAUGAUCUUCUCAAACACAGGCGCCACUUCAACUCAAGCCGUGUACUCCACAAGCGAUCAUUUGACGAAAGAGAGUUCUUCCCCUCUGGCCGCUCCUUUAACUACAGCACAAGCAAGCUCUCCCUCCGUGAACGGCAUCACCCCAACUCAACUAAAGUCACCAUCUUUAGGAGUGUUACAGAGACCACUGUCUUCCCGGUCGGGACAAACAAUACAAUUGUUAUCUACGACAUUAAACCGAAAGCUGUCUAUCAAUUCAAGUUACGGAACGUCGCCGAUAAUCUUCACAAACUCGGGCUCCGCUACAACUCAAGCUAUGUAUUUCAGAAGCGAUCAUCCGACGAAAGAUAGUUCUUUACUUCUGGUCGCUCCUACAACUACAGCUUCUUCCACAAAGCUGACCUCGACAAUCUCAGGUAUUAACUUCAGUAGGUAGGAGACAAUUCUGACAUGGAUAAAACCCUACCAAACCUUCAUAAUCAAGUAUUGUCUGGUGUGCCAGACUCUUACAACUGUUGGCGCCCUUCUUGUCCUCUACGUUGAAGAGAGGUACCGUGAGGGAAGGGGUAUGCAUUAUUUGCAUAAUAACCGAAAACAAACAGAAAACAGCAUAGUUACCCCAGUUCAAGGGCAUCAUUUGCACGCCACUGCGCUUCUCUGCGACAAAAAGCUAUUACACAAGGGUGUACACCAGAGUUUUCUGUGAGGGUGCGCUACACUUACGACCUAUUGGCAAGUUAAGACACGCCGGGAUGAUUUUCUCGAGAAAAGAGCAAGUCACAUGCCUCCUCGUGCCCCUACCUCACCUCCUUCUCCCCCUCCCCUUAGUUAAGCCCAUACACAACAAAAAAACAAGCCAAACUGAAGGUUGUUCGCCGCUUUGAGGUAGAAAACAGGUCAAACUUGUCUUGUCUUGUAAAGUUUCAGUGUCGCUUAACUGGACAGACUGGUCCGUGGACUCAAGUGACUGUCAGCGGCACUGUUCAAAUGUGGGAGGAACUGUGACUGCGAGUCGUCAUUGCUAUUCUCAUACAGUGACGUUCAAAGAAAGCAUCUGUACCAAAUACAGAACCUUAACUCAAGUGUUUAAAUGUGGCCAACCACAUUGUCCAAUCUCAGGUUUGUUUGAGCUUCUUUUUUCCAGGAUCUAGACUCAGUUCAGCGCAGUCAAACCUUACCUCGAGCCGUCACGUCACAAAGAGGAACUCACCACACAGACUUUUCGCAGACAAUUAUGCACGAGAGAGCGCCUGGAGAUGGCUUAGGCUUGUUUACAAUGGGGUGAUAAUUUAUUACUUCUCGUGCUCAACUCUCCCACCUUUCGCAAUAACACAGCAGAUUUAUGUUUGUCCAGAUUUGCUUUUUUGCGAUUCUCUCACAAUUCCCUCCUCAAUUAAGUUUCUGCUUUCCCUUUCCUCUCCCCUGUUUUCCGUAUACUCCCCUCUACUAUUCACCAGGGCUCUCGCUCUCCUGCCCCCAUCUACAAAUGCUACCAGUCGUUCAAACUGUAGAAGGCCGCUCAAAAAUUACAUAGACAAUUACAUCUACCUUUUCAGCCUAGGCUUAAAUAGAAAUAAAAAGAAGUACAUAGCGUUUAGAAUCGUCUAAAAAUGUGAAUAGUUCUGGACCCAUUCGAACGGGAAAGAAAAAAUUGAGAAAAAGGACUCAUCAAGCUUAAUUUCUACGUAUUUGAUUUUUGGUGGAUUUCAUGAAAUUGAAUCUUUAUGUUUAUUUUCACAGGAACAACAUUGUUAGGAUUGUCCAUCUCAACAGUGGUAGUCGGGACUUUGCUUCAUAUGUAAGUUUUAAAGUGACACUGUGAUGAUCUACCGUUUUGUAGCUUUAGGAGGCUUGACUUUGAUCAUGACGAGAGUUGCCCUCUCUAACUAUACCAUUUUCUUUCAACAGGUUGCCGAACUUUUUCGGGGGUUAAGACUUCAACGACCUUUAUAAGGUCAACGUUUGUGUCUUGCUCUCUUAGCAUGAGGGUAUACUUUAAAGAUUGUGGGAGCGUCAUGAUCGCAGAGGCGUACACAAAAUGUAGUUUAAAUUUCUUAGACUUUUUUAAGACCUCUAACGUUUAUAUUUAUAGUAUAGUAUCAAGAGAAUGGUCAAGAGAUUACAAAUGGC